GUUUUAAAUAAGCAGAUUGUUCAUAAGAUUUUUGUUCCCAGAGCCGCAGGGUUUAGCCUCUACCCUCCUUCAACUUCGUCUCUCUCUGUCUCUCUCCCUCCCACCCUCUGUUGUUGGCCAUGUCCUGCUCUGAGUUUGACUCAGACCCACUAAUCUCCAACCCCAUAAAAGUCCCCCAACCCACUUCUCUUUCACGGGUUUUGCUACUGUUCACGCUAAGACUUAAUACUGGCUCCUCCUUGUUUUAGCAACUGCAGGAGUAAGCUGGGAAAAGUUGCAGAGGUAGCCAUGGCUACUGGUGUCUCUUCCAUCCACACCAGACCUCUAAGACCCUCUUCUUCUUCGCUUUACUUUUCUCUGUUCAAGUCUUGUCCUCCUGUAAUGGCUUCUUACUCUUCUCGUUCUUUAUGGGCUUCUUCCAAGGCCUUUCACAGGCGUAAAGUAUGCAAAAUCCAGAGUUCUUCUGGGACUUCUAUGUGUAGUAGUCAUUCCCUUCAUUUUAGAAAGGAUACAUUGUUCACUAGUUCAGUGGUCGAAAAAAAGCUUGGUAAUUCACAAUGGCAAGAACAAGCUGAAACAAUUAGAAGAGGCAGAGUGGGAGGCCCUAGCACUAAGUGUACAGAUGGAGCAGGGCUUAACUCCUCCCAUGGAAGAAGAAGUACUAAAAGAGAUGCUGAACAAAAAAUUUCAGUUUUUUCAUAUGGCAAUGAUUUUAACAAGGAAAAAAUUCAGAUGCACCUCGCGAGGAAUGAGGUAGUGGUACAAAAUUCAAGAAACAGCAUGAUGCAGCCUAAUUUUAUAGAAGAGGCUAGAAGGCCUCUGCUUGAUAUUGAGAAUGGGGUUUCACAGCUGGAAGUGAUACAUAAUCUCAGUCAGGAUAAGGCAUUUACUCAAAGGGGAAGGCAUGCUGUUACCACUGAAAAUGUUCCUCCCCUUCUGGAGAAGAUCAAUGGUCACAAAACUGAUACUCCACGGCAGUUGGAUUUGCCACAGACACAAGGUUCAGAGAAGGUGAAGCCUAACAAGAUUCCAAACCUUCAUGAAAGGCUUACUAGCUUAUAUAGCAAAGUUUUUGUUGUGAAUAGUGUCCCUGUUGCAAAGAAAGUUGUUUGGAUGCUUACAACCUGGUACAGGCAUCUUGUGCAUGCUUGUGAUACAGAGGUAGCGAAUAUUGAGGUGAAGCAAGAAACACCGGUUGAUCAUGGAGAGAUUAUAUGUUUCAGUAUUUAUUGUGGACCAGAAGCAGAUUUUGGAAAUGGGAAGUCUUGUAUCUGGGUUGAUGUACUUGAUGGUGGUGGCAAGGAAAUUUUAGCUGAAUUUGCCCCCUUUUUUGAAAAUCCCUCCAUUAAAAAGGUUUGGCACAAUUAUAGCUUUGACCACCAUAUUGUCGAGAAUUAUGGGCUCAAGGUUUCAGGUUUUCACGCUGAUACAAUGCAUAUGGCUCGUCUAUGGGAUUCAUCAAGGCGGGUCAAAGGUGGUUAUUCUCUUGAGGCACUUACAAGUGACUCAAAAGUCAUGUCUGGAGCUCAACUGUACAAUGAAACAGAGUUGAUUGGCAAAGUAUCAAUGAAAACCAUAUUUGGCAAGAAAAAGUUAAAAAAAGAUGGAUCUGAGGGCAAAAUAACUACUAUUGCACCUGUUGACGUGCUACAAAGAGAAGAGCGGAUACCAUGGAUCUGUUAUUCUGCCUUAGAUGCAAUAACUACACUUAAGCUUUAUGAGAGUUUGAGAUUACAGCUAUCAAACAAGGUUUGGACAAUUAAUGGAAUAGCAGCACGUGGAAAGUCCAUGUUUGAUUUCUAUCAGAAAUACUGGCAACCAUUUGGCGAACUUCUAGUCAAAAUGGAAACCGAGGGGAUGCUGGUUGACCGUGCCUAUCUUGCUGAGGUGGAAAAGAUAGCAAAAAGAGAGCAAGAGGUUGCUGUUAACAGGUUUCGCAAGUGGGCUUCCAAAUACUGUCCAGAUGCUAAGUACAUGAAUGUUGGAAGUGAUACACAGUUGCGCCAGCUCCUUUUUGGUGGAAUCCAGAACAGCAAGGACCCUGAUGUCAGUCUUCCAGUGAAGAAGACUCUUAAAAUUCCAAACAUUGAUAAAGUGAUUGAAGAAGGAAAAAAGGCUCCAACAAAAUUUCGCAAUAUUACACUGAAUAAAAUUGAUGCUGAUCUUCCUGCUGAGGUGUUCACAGCAAGUGGUUGGCCAUCAGUUAGUAUAAGUGCUUUGAAGAUUUUAGCUGGGAAGGUCUCUGCAGAAUUUGAUUUCAUGGAUUAUGCUGAGGGGUCACUGUCCAGUGAUGAUUCUGAAGAUGAUGUUGAAGUGCUUACAGAUGACGUUGCUGAAAAACAAGAACAAGAAAAGCCAGAUGGGAGCAAAUCUGCUUAUGGAACAGCAUUUGCGGCAUUUGAAGAUGAGGCAGAGGGGAAAGAAGCUUGCCAUGCCAUUGCUGCUCUUUGUGAAGUUUGUGCCAUUGAUUCGCUGAUUUCCAACUUCAUCCUCCCUUUACAGAGCAGUAACAUAUCAGGCAAGGAUGGGCGCGUUCAUUGUUCACUGAACAUCAACACAGAAACUGGACGUUUAUCUGCUAGACGGCCAAAUUUGCAGAAUCAACCUGCUCUGGAGAAAGAUCGAUAUAAGAUCCGUCAGGCAUUUAUAGCUGCACCUGGAAAUUCCCUCAUUGUUGCUGACUAUGGACAGUUGGAACUUAGGAUUCUGGCUCAUCUUGCCAACUGUAAAAGCAUGUUAGAUGCCUUCAAAGCUGGUGGUGAUUUUCAUUCAAGGACUGCACUGAACAUGUACCCGCAUAUUCGAGAAGCCGUUGAAAAAAAGCAGGUUCUUCUUGAAUGGGAUCCUCAACCUGGUGAAGAUAAACCCCCCGUGCCUUUGCUAAAGGAUGCCUUCGCUUCUGAAAGAAGGAAAGCUAAAAUGCUCAACUUUUCCAUUGCAUAUGGGAAAACACCGGUUGGUCUUUCCCGGGAUUGGAAGGUUUCUGUUGAGGAAGCAAAAGAAACAGUUGCUCUCUGGUACAGAGAAAGACAAGAAGUACUAAUAUGGCAAGGCAAACGUAAGAAGGAAGCUCAUGAAGAAGGGUGUGUUCGAACGUUACUAGGACGUGCCCGCUGGUUUCCUUCAUUGGUUGGUGCUUCUUAUUCUCAAAGAGGUCAUAUUGAAAGGGCUGCCAUUAAUACUCCAGUGCAGGGUAGUGCUGCCGAUGUUGCCAUGUGUGCCAUGUUGGAGAUAUCCACAAAUAAACGUUUGAAGGAACUUGGAUGGAGGCUGCUUUUACAGGUUCAUGAUGAAGUGAUCUUGGAAGGGCCGUCAGAAUCGGCUGAGGUUGCCAAGGUCAUCGUUAAUGAGUGCAUGUCGAAGCCCUUCAACGGCAGAAAUAUACUGAAUGUUGAUCUUGCUGUUGAUGCCAAGUGUGCACAAAACUGGUACGCUGCCAAGUAAAACAUGGUGUGGUCUCUGCUAUGGCUUACUGUUGAUCUCUGGGUGAAAAUCUGUGAUGAUGUAUCUGAUUACGGCUGGUGGUAAGUAUUAACUAUCGGGGGCAUUUAGAAAUGGCUGGUGUGAAGGUUUUCCAUCAUUUAAGAUGAUGAGUUUGUCACUGUCACUAAGAAAAGUGUCGAUUCGGCUGUAUAAUGUAAUUCUUAAACACGGGGAAGCCCAUUAUUGUAUUUGUACAUGUAUAUAUGAAAAUGCCACUGUGAAAUCGAGUUGUUUUAAUGUAAUUCCGUUGUAAAGUCAGAUUCUGUAUUCAACAAGAAACAAAUAUUUGUGCAUUACAUAAGCCUCGACCAUCUCCCGUGACAAAAA